AUGUCCGCGCGCAAGCCGGCACCCACCUACGCGCCGUCGCCCUACGCGGCGGGCGAGGAGGAGGAGGAGCUGGCCGCGGCGUAUGCGCCUUACGGCGCCAGCAGCGGGCACGCGCCCGAGCUCUCGGCCAGCUUCUACCACGAGGCGGCGGCUGCGCUGCGCGCCGUCUCGCCGGCCGCCACGGCCAGCAGCCACGGGCAGCAUGCGCAGCAGAGCAGCACGCCCAACCCCUUCCUAGGCACGCCCAGUGCCUACGCGCCCGCGCCCAACACCUACGCCGCCACGCCGAGCGCAUAUGCCGGCACGCCGGCGGGCGGCGCCAACCCCUUCACCUCGCCCGCAGACUCCUACAUUCCCUCCUACUAUGCCUCGGCCGACGCAGACGUCGAGCGGCUCGCCUCGCCCGCCCACGCGCACCACCACGCGCUGAGCCCGGGCAGCGUGUACGACGACAACACAGAGGUGGCGCACACGCCGAUGCCGGCGCUCUCCUAUGCGCAGCAUGCGCCGCCGCACGACGCCUACGCGCCACCGGCAGAUGCGUACGCCGCGUACCCCGGCUACGCCGAGCAGGAGGAGCAGGAGGUCGGCUAUGGCUAUGAGAAGGAGUGGAGCCGCCUCUCGCACGACGGCGCAGGCGACGGCAAGGAGGAGUGGCGGGAGGAGGAGCGCGACCAUGAGGCCGAGGCAGAAGUGGAGAUGGAGCAGGAGACGAUGCACUUCGGCCCGGCGCCGGCCCGAGGAGCGCAGCUGCGGCGCAACAAGACUCGCAAGGCGGUCAAGCUGACGCAGGGCAACCUCGUGCUCGACUGUCCCGUGCCGACGAAGCUGCAGAGCUUCCUGACGCGCCGCGGCGACGACGAGUUCACACGCAUGCGCUACACUGCCGUCACUUGCGACCCGGACGACUUUGCCUCGAGCCACUUUACCCUGCGGCCCGCCAUGCUGAAUCGCCAUACUGAGCUCCACAUUGCCGUGACGAUGUACAACGAGGACGAGCUGCUGUUCACGCGCACGAUGCACGGCGUGAUGAAGAACAUCGCGCACCUCUGCUCGCGCAACAAGAGCCGCACGUGGGGUCCCGAUGGGUGGAAGAAGGUGGUCGUGACCAUCGUGGCCGAUGGCCGCAAGAAGAUCCACCCGCGCGUGCUCGACUGCCUGGCGGCGCUCGGCGUGUACCAGGAGGGCGUGGCCAAGAACAUGGUCAACGGCAAGCGCGUCAAGGCGCACAUCUACGAGUACACGACGCAGCUGUCGAUCGACUCGAACCUGCAGUUCAAGGGCGCCGAGCGCGGCCUGGUGCCGAUGCAGAUCGUCUUCUGCAUGAAGGAGUGGUUCUUCAACGCCUUUGGCCCGAUCCUGCAGCCCAACAUCUGCAUCCUGCUCGACGUGGGCACGCGGCCCGAGGCAAAGUCGAUCUACCACCUCUGGAAGUGCUUCGACCUCUGCAGCUCCGUCGCGGGCGCCGCGGGCGAGAUCCAGGCCGACACACGCGGCAAGUGGGGCCUCGGCCCUGCGCUGCUCAAUCCGCUCGUCGCCGCGCAGAACUUCGAGUACAAGAUCAGCAACAUCCUCGACAAGACGACGGAGAGCAUGUUCGGCUUCAUCUCGGUGCUGCCUGGCGCCUUCUCUGCCUACCGCUACGUCGCGCUGCAGAACGACGAGCUCGGCCGGGGGCCGCUGGCAUCGUACUUCAAGGGCGACAACAUCGAGGGCGUCGAGCAGACCUUCUCGCAUGCCAAUCUGGCAUUCGAGCUGGCGGCAAAGCGCAACGAGAGCUGGGUGCUGCGCUACGUCAAGAGCGCGCGCGGCGUCACCGACGUGCCCGACACGCUGCCCGAGCUCAUCAGCCAGCGCCGUCGCUGGCUCAACGGCUCCUUUUUUGCAGCACUCUUCUCGCUGCGCAACACAUUGCAGUUCAUGCAGACGGCACACGGCUUCUGGCGCAAGGUGUCGCUCUUCAUCGAGGCGAUCUACAAUGCCGUCAACCUGAUCUUUGCCUGGCUGAGCCUGGGCAACUUCUACAUCUUCUUCCGCCUGCUGACGCAGUCGCUCGAGUCGAAGGAGUUCAGCCUCAAGGGCAUCGGCUACGUCAACGUCGCCGCGCAGUACCUCUACCUCGGCACCACAAUUGGCUGCUUCAUCCUCGCACUCGGCAACCGGCCGCAGGGCUCGCCGUGGAAGUUCCUGGCGUGCGCCGCCAUCUAUGCCGUGCUCACGGCCUACAUGAUGGUCGCGGCCGUGCUGUGCCUCGUCAAGGCCGUGCGCAACGCCGAGCACGACGCCAUCUACUCGCAGAUGGUCUUCAGCGUGCUGGCCACGUACGGCGUCUACUUUAUGGCCUCCGUCAUCGCGCUUGACCCGCUGCAUUUGAUCACGAGCUUCGCGCAGUACUUGCUGCUGGCACCGACGUACACGAACAUCCUGAACACGUACGCCUUUGCCAAUCUGCACGACUUCUCGUGGGGCACAAAGGGCAUCACCGCCGACGCAAACGACCUCGGCACCGUCGUGUCGACGGGCAAGGGCACGGUGGAGGUGGUGCUGCCCACGGCGCAGGCGGACAUCGAUCUCGAGUACGACAAGUCGCUGCACAACCUGCGCACGCGCCCUAUGAUCAUCCGCGGCGAGGCGGCGCGCGAGGAGAAGGACGCCAUGCGCCAGGACUGGUUCCGCGACAUUCGCACAAACGUGCUGCUGCUCUGGGUGCUCAGCAACGCCAUCCUCGCCGCGUUCAUCCUGGGCGGCGACAAUGUCGGCACAUUUGAUCCGGGCAGCGGCACGACGCGCAGCAAGGUGUACAUGCUCGUCAUCCUCGUCUUCAUCGGCGCCAUGUCCUGCGUGCGCUUCGGCAUGUCGACGCUCUUCAUGAUACACCGCCUCUUCGUCGGCUAG